CCACCAUGGUGCCACAGAUAUUUCAGCUGCCCAUCGAGCUUCUCACUCGGAUCCUGCUCUACUUAGACCCGUCUUCUCUCGAGGCUGUAGAGGAGGCUGACCCGCGCUUUGCUGCCAUCGCGCAGACGCCUACCCUCCUAAAACACUAUGCGACGAGCGUGGCCCAGCUGCGGUGCACCUCGGAUGGCGACAUGACCAUAGACGACCUCCUCUCACAAGUGGAAGCGGCCGGAUCAGCCUGGAGAGACUUAAAAUCGGUUUGCACCCUCAGGCGCUCUGUCCCGCCAGAUACGGCAGGCCUAUACGAGCUCUCUGGCGGCUACAUCUUUUUUGGCAAGGGCGAGCAACGCCGGGGGAUCUACUUCAUGCCGCUACCUACGCCACAAGAUCCCGACCCUGAGUGGUCUUUGCUCAAUAUUGGUGAAUAUAUCAUUGAUUUUGCCUUGUCUCUCUACGAGCAUAGUCUACUCGUAGCUGUCACAUCUCGUCCCGACACAAGCGCGUCCAGCUCCUCGGGCGCAGGCCGCAGUGGAGAUUUGCUCGAAAUUCGCUUGCUCGAAUUCCCCUCUGGUCGCCCUCAUCCUUUGGCGCAGCAGAACCCAAUACCUCUGCUGAAAACCCCUCGACGCAACCGUCCUCCUCUACUAGGGAUCGAAAUUGUGGGCGACACGAUGGUGAUUGCCGCACAUUAUCCUCGCGUGCGCACAUCGGGUGCCCCGAUUCCCCCCAGUACACUAAACUUCUACAACUGGAAGGAAGGAACUUUGAAAAUGACAUAUGAGAGCGGUCCAGACAGCUACACCACCUUCGUCUUCCUCACGGAAGAUCUCAUACUCGUGCCUAACACGGCAAGCCGGACCCUGGAGUAUUGGCGAAUUUCGACGACGGACCCCAAGCGGCCUGCUCCUGCUGCCAUUCUUCAUCUCCCACCGCUCCGGCCUAGGGCGAAGGUCUUCGAUAUCCAAUGCCGCGCAGAGCCAAAUCCACGAGCAGACGUUCCGAGGACCUUUCCGGAUCCACCGAAAAAAGGCGCCUGCAACAACGAGCAAAAGGGCAAAAGCCGCAUGACUCGCACCGAGCCACCGUUUUAUCCCGCGUCGGAGGAGGCGCUGUGUAUCUUUCAGGUUGUAGUCCUCCGCGAGGACCAUGUUCAGGAGAAUGAGGAUGCCGAAGAGGAUGAGGACGAAGACGAAAUCAAUGGGGCGAGCGAGAACCUGGUGCUUGUCGUACACCGGUCGGCGUUCGUGAAGAUCUUUGAGCAGCUCAUGAAGGAGUCAAUCGCUGGGAACGGCGCUCACCCUACGGAAUCCACCUCCCUACCCGCCGAUUCCGCCGAUCCGUCUACCACCCCCUCCGACUCUACCUCUUCCCUACCCUCCCUUCCCUGGUCCGACUGGGGUCCGCCCGUCUCCCGCUGGCUCGACUUCUCGCGCAACAACCACAACUGGAUCACCACUUCCUGCGGACAGCGCAUGGUCGCUACCGCCUCCCCCCUCUUCCAGUCCCUCUGGGACGACGGGCUCGUCAACCUUUACGACUUCAACCCUUACGCUGUCGAGGCGGCUCGCAAGGAAGAAGCAGCGCAGCAGGCGCGGAGGGCAGGGACGCCGGCAGAGAAUCAGGCGCUCAUGAACACGCGGCUGCAAAUGUUUGCGCCGGCGGAGGGGUUGGAGCAGUGGCCGGGUGUGCAGGUCGUGCAGACCCCAACGGUGUCGAAUGAGGCGAUUGAGGGGAGUAACAUAGCUGAAGACCAGGGAUGGGAGGAGGAUGGGGACGGGGACCAUAGUCUUGAUUUGAGUCAUUCAGAUGAAGGCUCCUUGGACGCUGUGUCCGACUUCAUGCGACGCAAUCCUGGCGUCACUUACGUCCAAGAAGCAAACAAGCUGCCGACGCUCUUCGCUGGCAAGCUCGACUCGCAGCUGCCGUGCGUCGUGACGCAUAGCCCGCGGCAUCUGUUCUACUCGGGCGUGAUGAUGGACCACAGGCGAAUUAUUGGGACGGUGCCAAGUGCGGAUGGAAAUCAGGAUCUGGAUAUCCAGUGCUUUUACUGAUCGCCGCAAGGUGAGAGCGGGUAGCCAAAGGGAAAGUCAAACUAAAAAUAUUUGUGUAUGUAUUCCUCGAAUGUAACCUUCAGUGCUCGAACCCGAAGACGGGGCUUGUCCACGGGAAACCGCGGACACACCAGCG